AUGUCACAGACUCAAGUGUUUCAAAAUGAGACAGCGAUCAAGGCGGAGUUUGAGAAGCUCCACCAGUUCCUUUGGGAGGAGGAAAAAACUCGGCUGAAGGUGCUCAAACAGGAGGAGGAAACAAAGAUCCAGGUGAUGUGCAGGAAGCUGGAAGACAUCAACGGUCAGAUUAAAACUCUGUCCUCCACCAUCAGUGACACGGAGGCAGCACUGACAGCGGAGGAUUUACCUUUUUUAAAGGACUACAGGCAGACAAAGAAACAGGCCAAAUCCAACAUUCGAGAGCCAGAAUGUGUCAGAGCUAUUCUGAUAAAUUCUGCACAGCAUCUGGGACAACUUAAGUUUGGAAUUUGGAAGAAGAUGGCCAACAUCGUCAGAUAUGUUCCAAUCACUCUGGAUCCAAACACGGCCCAGUCCAACUUAGCAUUCUCUGAAGAGCUGAGCUGUGUGCAGUACAGCAGCAAACAGCUGCUUCCUGACAACCCUGAACGCUGCACCAGCCGUGUGUGUGUGCUGGGAGCCGCCGGUUUUCUAUCUGGAAAGCACAGCUGGACCGUAGACGUGGGCCAAGGCAAAGACUGGUACAUCGGAGUGGCCCAGGAGUCCAUCAAAAGAAAGAGCACCGUCUUCCUCAACCCCGCUGAGGGUUUCUGGGUAAUUGGCCUGUGCAACGGAGACUCAUUCUGGGCUCAGACAUCUCCUCGCACCAAGCUGACGAUGAAGCAGAAGCCCCAGAGGAUUACCGUGGAGGUGGACUGUGACAAAUCAAAAGUAGUUUUCAUCAACGCAGCUGAUUUGACAGUGAUUCACACAUUCAAAGACAAAUUUACAGAGAGGAUUUUUCCGUAUUUCUCCCCCGGACUGUAUAUGGACGGAAAAAUCUCCAGUCCGCUGACAAUCUGUCCAAUGAGGAUCAAAGUGGAUGUAGAAUAGCUUCACACACAGCAGACAUGCCUCUCCUGAGGGUUUAUGUGAGGAGUGUGUGCUAUA